CAGAGGCUCGCGAGCGACACAACAGCCAGGCUGCGAGGAGAGAGAGAAGCGGAGGAGAGAGAAACCCCUAGUCUCUCUCUCCUCGCGCCCGAGGAAGAGGAGCCCUAGGGUUCGCGCCGCGGGCGGCGGCGCCGGCGCCAGUGCCUGCGGAAGGCCUCGAGAUCUCGCGGCGGCGCCGCAGGCUGGUGUGGUGGUGGUGGUGGUGUGUGUGUGUGGGGGGGGGGGGGGGGGGUGGGAGGGGGGGGUGCUCGGUGAGUUCGCUUGACCCCCUCGCCGCGGAAGCGUCCAAUCGAGCUACUUGGCCCCUCGAUUCGAGGGUUUUGGUGGUUGCCUCCUGCCCCUGCUGACCGCGGAAUAAGCUAGCCUCUCGCUUCGGAGGGCUAGGGUUAGGUUUUGUGGCCAAGGCGGCGCAUUGCGGUCGUGAGGAGGUGGCCCUGCGCGUCUCGGGGUCAGCAAUGAUGGGGAAGACGCACAGGUUCUCGAAGGGGCACCCGCUUGGCUUCGUGCCAGACUAUCGGCAUGGGGUGGAGACAGUGGGGGAGUCAAAGGGGCUCGGGAGCCCGGCACGGAUUGACUCGGGGAGCUCCUGCGCUCCCCCAAAGAGGAAAUGCGUCAGCGUGAAUACGGAGGAGGGGGAAGGGGCUUCGGGAUUCAGUGUGCCCCGGGAGGUCUUCUCGCUGCCGAGGAUGACGGCCGUGGAUAAGAAGGAUCUGGAGAUGAGGCUCCGUAACGAGCUUGUGCAAGUGAGGGCCCUCCAGAAUAGGCUGUUUUCAAGAGGGGCUGCGGUGAGCAUGAAUGGCGGAGUGGAGUCGGCUUCCGGCGGUGAUGUGCACCCCAAGAAAAAGGUCGAGAAGCUCAAGCAAAGCAAUUUGGUGCAGUCCGUUAGGGAAGUGCUGCCAUCAUCGGCCCCACCUGUGGUUAGCUCUACUAACUACACAGCAUUGUUUAAACAAUGUUCCCACCUUCUGAAACGCCUUAUGACCGAUAAAUGGGGAAAACCAUUUCUUGCCCCAGUUGAUGUUGUAAAGUGUGGCAUCCCUGAUUAUUUUGAUGUAAUCAAGCAGCCCAUGGAUUUGGGUACAGUCCAGAAAAAGAUGAAAUCAGGCAUGUACUCUACACCUCGGGAUUUUGCUGCAGAUGUGAGGCUUACUUUUAGCAAUGCUAUGACUUAUAACCCGGUCAAUAAUGAUUUUCAUGUGAUGGCCAAAGCUUUGAGCAAGACCUUUGAAUCUGGAUGGAGGCUAAUUGAAAAGAAGCUACCUCAAUCAGACGAGAAGCUUCCUGUGAGGGAGCCCACAAAAAAGAAUGCAACUAAGAGAGACACCAUUGGGAAAGAAUACCCCACCGAGAUAAAACCCUCAAAGAAAAGUGGGUCUAAGAAAUACAUCUUUCAGAAAGAAGAUUUGGUGGACAAUCCAGUUUUGCAACCAAAGAAGAGGAAAACCUCUCCUUUGGUACAAGAUGCUCCAUUGAUAGAGGCUGCUGUUCCAACUGGAAAGAAAAUGAUGACAAGUGAGCAAAAAUAUGAUUUAAGUGAAAGACUACAAUCAUAUGGUGCAUUGAUUCCAGAUCAUGUAGUUGAGUUCAUAAGGAGUCACGCUGCUCAUGAUUGUGAUGCUGAUGAAGAUGAGUUAGAGCUUGAUAUGGAUGCUCUAGGUGAUGAUACACUAUUUGAAUUACAGAAGCUUCUUGAUGACUAUGAUAGGGUCAAUCAGUCAAGAAACCUUACAAAAGAGGACCCUCAUGAGGUUGAGUCUCGAAGUCAAUAUGAGCUCAUAAAUCCAUCAGUGCAUCAUGAAGGCAAUGAGCUCUUUGAUGAAGACGUUGAUAUUGGGGAGAAUGACCUUCCAGUUUCAACUCUUCCUCCUGUGGUAUUUGAAGUUGAAAGAGCAGACAGAAGCAGCAAGCAUAGCACAUCUAGCAGUUCGAGUAGUGGCUCAGAAUCAUCCUCUAGUGAUUCAGAUUCAAGUAGCUCUUCUGGAAGUGAUUUGGAUUUCAAAGCUCCUCGACAAAAUAAUGGGGUCAAGGAAAAUGUACUACCUGUGGAUCAAGAAAAUGAUUUAUUGAAUACUUCUAAUAUACCAGAGGAAAGUACAGAUCCUAUUCCUGUUUCUGCUGAUAGUGAGGGGGAGAAUGCUAAGCAAGUCUCCCCUGGAAAGCAAAUCCGAGCUGCCCUUCUGAGAAGCCGCUUUGCAGAUACGAUUCUUAAGGCUCGUGAAAAGGCCCUUGACCAGGUUACGAAAAAGGAUCCUGAGAAGCUUCGACGUGAGAGGGAGGAGCUUGAGAAGUUACAAAGAGAAGAGAGAGCUCGGUUGCAAGCUGAGGCUAAAGCUGCAGACAAUGCUCGCAAGAGGGCUGAAGCAGCAGCAGCUGCUGAGGUUGCUGCAGAAGCUAAGCGGCAAAGAGAACUUGAGAGAGAAGCAGCUCGUAAAGCCUUGCAAGAGAUGGAGAAAACUGUAGACAUCAAUGAAGGGAGCCUCUUUUUGAAAGAUCUUGAAAUGCUCGGAAGUGUCACAGGUGAACAGAUACCCAACUCAGUUGGGGUUGGUGAAACGAGUCCAACUCAUAUGCCUGAGGGUUUUGGGUUUCAGCUGGGAGGCAACCCCCUAGAAAAGCUCGGAUUGUAUAUGAAAAAUGAUGAAGAGGAUGAGGAAGGUGAUUUCACAGAUGAACCAGCGAUUGAUGUCGAAGAGGGCGAAAUAGAUUAACUGCCUCUGGACCAUUUUUGAUACUUUAUGGGAGCCCUGUUGGCAUGUUGGCGCUGUCCUGUACACACUUUUAUGAACUGCCCGAGUUUUGGAGCCAAGUGAUUGGUUGGUGAACGAUGUAGCAAGCAUUGAAUGUAUGGGAAAUCCAUGGUGGUGCAUGUGAGGAGUGAUAUGGAGCGUGCUUCUCGUAGAAUGAUUUUGUGGUCAGCCAUGGAGUAAUGACCGUUUCUGUACUUUCCAUAUCCAUUUAGAUUUGGAUGGUAGUGUUUAUUGGAUUAGGGGGGGGGGGGGGGGCGUGGGGGCAUAAGGAGGGAUGGUUCUAGAUUUCUAGGGAUGUGUGAGCCAUUUUUGAGGUUGAGAGGCAUUUUCCUGUUGUGAAUGUAAUAUCGGAACUGUACAAAAGGUAGCCUGAUAUAUGCAAAACAGUGUCUUUUAAGUUAUGCAGCGUCUGUUCUUUGAUACUUAAUCUUUUGCUGAACGUUGGGGUGGUUGGUGGGUACCCCAUUGUACAUGUACUCGUUUUUAUCAGCGUGUAUGUAAGAUCCUACUGGCCGGGAGGUUUGCACUUCUUACAUACUCCAUAUUAUUUUGGCAGAAGUUUCAAGAUCUUUUGCAAAGUGAUGUUAACCAUGUGUUUAAUAGUAGGAGAUUGUUAUGGAUAGUUCUUGAUGUAAUUGUUUCUAUCGGCAUUAGUGUAGAAAGUACUUGGAUAUUUUUGUGUUUAGGUGGUUGUUAAUUAAUCUUGUCCGAUUUUCCCUUGAUUUUACACUUUCAUGGUCUAUCUUGCAAAGCAUUAACACCCGAUUUGGAUAUCGGUGUUGUAAGUGAUUGGAUUGCAAUGUAAUGGUAGAUAAACAUAAUAGAUUCAAAGUUAUUCUU